AUAUAUAAUGUUUUUGAACGAGGUUCAACAGAAAUAGAUAGAGGUCACUGUAUAUGUACAAAAGAAUUUUUAAAAAGUAAUCGCUGUAAUCUAAGCCAAUUUCUCUAAAAUAAAAUAAAAAAAGGAACGAAACGAAAAGUGGAUUGAACUACUGUAACGGGAAUUCCCAGAUUAGUAGAUGUAAUUCUUAUAAACGUCACGUGACUUGAUUCUUAUUUUCACUGCUCCGCCUGUCGUGAUAGCGAGAAUUCGUUGUGAAAGAAAACGUUUUGGACAUUUCAGUCUGGAAUAUUGAGGUAUACUGUCCGGCCAGGCAGUCAACCCUCACCUAACUCGUUCAUUAGAAGGAGAGGCAGUAAGUAAACAGUAUCAUAACAUUGCAAUACACCGCAUAUCGUCAACACAUUCACAGGUGUCCGGGUCAGUGGAUACAGCAAACCGCCAUCUUUGUGAGCUACAGUGUGACUCAGUAACUUAGAAUCCAGGAUGGCUGAGCCACACGAAAGAGAGUGUGCUGUGUGCACGAAUGACUUCACAACACCAAAGAUUCUACCCUGUGGUCAUCUCCUGUGUCGAGAAUGUGUCAUUUCCUGGAUGGAUUCCAAACCUGAUGCCGGGUGUCCGCUGUGUAGAUGUCCUAUAGUAGAGCAGUCAGAUGGAAGUUCGUCCGCCACUGUUGACGCCCUGCCGACAGACUUUGUGAUGGAAGCGCUGGUGGAGAGCGCUCGUGUGCUGAGUAAAGAUCACCUUUGUUGUGUGUGUGAGGACGUCAGGGCGGACUUCAUCUGUAUGCAGUGUCAGGAUAUGUUGUGUUCAGCGUGUACGAAAGUACACAAGAAGAUGUCGGCGACUCGCAGUCACGAUGUGGAGAGUCUCAGCACUGUGACACCUGAACGUCUGGCUGCCAGCCGCCAUGCACUGUGUGCUGACCACGGCGACAAACAGGUGGACAGCUUUUGCUUGUAUCACCGACUUGCCGUCUGCAAAUCCUGUAAGGUUCAGAAACACAGUAGAUGUUUAAAAGUAAGCGAUUUUGAUUUUGAAAUACAUUCAGCUGAAAACUCACUUACCCACCUAACAAAGAUUUUGGUAGAAGCGGAGCAGAAGCUAGAGCAGGUUAUAGGUCAGGUGACGUCACGCCUACAGGAGGUUGAUGUCAGCGAACAAGAAGACAUGGCGCAAGUAGACAAGACAUGUGACCGUCUUCAGAAGCUGGUGGAAGAUUUCCGUAUGAGGUUGAUGGAAAAGACACGUACGUCACAUCUGCAAAUCAGGAAUACAUUACGUGACGUCAAGACUGCCCUGAGCAACCGUGUAGGGAAGGUGACGUCACACAAACACAUUGUGAUGCGAACCACGGCAGUGUCACCACGUCCUGCACUGAUACACAUGACACAGGCUCUGACAGACAGGGUCAACAGCCUUGACCUCAGCUUUGACUUGAAACAAGUGGUGUGGGAGAAGCCCUUUUCAAGUGCAGAAUGGAGUCAAGAAGUUGUGGGUCGGAUAAAAGACGAGCUCCUGAAAUUGGAGGAGCUGAAGACUAAGUUUAAAAAAAAGAGUUCCUUCGCAAGCUGCUCGUUCAAAGUGGAAACGACUGUUAAGCAAAUCAAGUUGAAUGCACCUCCACCAGUCUUUGUGUUCCACGACAACUGCGGAAACAACAUUCGUCUGACGAACGGUAACAGGACAGCGGAGAAAAAAAUGCAGCAGGCCUUCUGUAACGCGGUGGUCGUGUCACGUGACCCUAUGUUAGCGAACGUCUUGUAUGAAGUCAGAGUGGACUCAGUAACAGAUAAGGAAAACUAUCUAGAACUGGGUGUGACACGAAAUUCUCCUGCACACGUCAGUGUGACACAUUCGUCUGCAUACGUGAAAGACUCCGUUAUAAUCGCGCCUGGUAAGGUCUGCUACCAGCAAGAACGUGUGCCGAUACCGCUCGCAAAUGAACUUAAGGGACUUAAAGUCGGGAGUCGAGUCGGGGUACUGGUGACCUCAUCCAACGACCUUCACCUCUACAUCAACGGACAGGACCUGGGCGUUGCAGCAAACAAUGUCACACAACCCUGGUUUGCUGUCUUUGAUAUUGGCAGUUUAGUUAAUCAGGUGACAGCCCUACCUACAUCUUGGAGAACAUAAAGAAUAUCAGAAAACAAGAAGGCUGAGAGAAUAAAACUAGAAUAUUUUUGUGAUCGAGGAUGACACCAACCUGUGCGUUGAUAUUACCAAUGAGAGUUCCAGUGAAUUUGUUUCGUCAACCUGAUUGAAGAGACGUGGGAUGAUAUAUUAUUUUAAUCAGUAUAAUAUAUUGUGUAAACACUACGAAAGUAUACACAUACGUGCUCCUGUAAAUUUUUUAAAUACAUUGAAUCGAACUUUG